AUGGUAGUGAUGCAAAUGGUGGGGGUGUUGGUGGCAUUGAUGGUGGUGGCAACUAGUGGUGAUGACGUUGGUGGCGACAGCGACAAAUGUGGUAUUGGUGACAAUGAUAGUGGUGGUGGUAGUGAUGAUGGUAAUACCAAUGUCAAUAGUGAUAGUGAUGACAUUGACGAUGAUAGUAGUAGUGGUAGCGGCGAUAAUGUUGAUGGUGACGAUAACAAACGUGGUGGUAUUGGUGGUAGUGAUAGCGGCGACGAUGGUGGUGAUGAUAGUAAUAAUAUAAUUGGUGUCAGUGACGAUGGUAGUGACAGUGGUGGUAAUGGUGGUGAUAUCGACAUUGAGAGCAAUGAUGGUAAUAGCGAUGGUGGUAACAACAAAAAGUGGGAUUGUCAAAUGUAA